AUUGCAAACUGGUAUGCGUGGAGCAUUCGGUAAACCUACUGGUACUGUCGCUCGUGUUAAUAUUGGACAAAUUAUUUUCUCCGUACGUACCAAAGAAAACAACAGAGCUGUUGUUAUUGAAGCACUCCGACGCGCAAAGUACAAAUUCCCUGGUCGUCAAAAGAUUAUUAUUUCCAAAAAGUGGGGAUUCACUAAAUUAUCACGGGAAGAAUAUGGAGAAAAACGGCAAGCGGGUCUUUUACAACCUGAUGGUGCUUACGUUAAAUAUCUUUCUAAUCAUGGACCACUUGUAAAACAUCUUGAACAAAUUGUCGCAGCAGAAGU